UAUAUGAUAAGUACUUGUCUACCAGUUGUUUCUAAGACAAAACUCACAUUGGAACGUUAGUAAUAAUCUAUCGCAAUGUUUUCCUUCAAGAAGAAGGACAAGGAUAAGGACAAAGCUUUCGAGACGAAAGAAGAACGCAGGGAAAGGCGAAAGAAAGAGAAGGAAAACAAAAAUAAAACUGAUCGUAAAGCUCGUGGCGAACUAGGGAACAUAGUUGCUGGCACUGAGGAAGAAAGACGAGGACGGUUUAGUUUUAGAAAACCGGAUAAACGGAGAUACGAUGUUGAGCACGAUUAUGAUCAAAGAAAUCCCUCGCCUGUAGCUGACCAUUUUGACUUUUAUGGUGGGAAAGGUCGUUCAAGUAGUACUGAUACAACUGGUAGUACAACAAGCGGUUCGGCCAUUUUUUCUCCAUAUUUGUAUGGAUCUUCUGGCCAUAUUUCUUCCAACGCCGUCAUGUCCGAAUCGAUUCCGCAAGCAAAUCGUAAACAUGCAGACGACGAAAACCAAGGGGUUUCGGAGGACGGGAAACCUGUCCCGAAACCCCGAGUUAAGAGAAAGAAAAGCUCGAGUAUUGAAAUCAAGUUGCUAAGUCCGAACCGGCAGAGUUACGAGUCUCAAGAUCGAGAAAAGACAACCAACGAGGAGAAGGAACGAAACCACAAAGCAGAAGUUAAUGGCACUUCUUCAAUUAAUGCAAGGUCUUCUGAAGAGGUUAUAUCUGCCUCGUCGAUGAACGAUAAUCAUGUUUUGACCGAUGGCGCACCGCCUAAACCUCCGCGUAUUUUAGCUGAUCGCGCCGGUGUUGUCGAGUUCGAAGUUAAGCUGAUCAAUGUUGGUUCUGAAAAUGAUCGAAACAAACCUAAUUCUCAGCGUUCCAUGGAAAUAGAUCGACCUAUCACUGCUACGAGCUCUGUGCAAUCUUUCGCUGGGCCACCAAGCGAACCAAAAAUUAUUUUGCCACCAAGAGAUCUAAACAAUUCCUCGCCGUCGAUUCUGUCUCCUUCGGAUAAAACCUUGGAGGAAAUGGGGGUCGAUUUGCAGCUACCGGAAGUUAAGCCGGCCAUUUCUGGUAUUGCAAGGGUGAUAAAGUUAAAUAGGCGAUCUAGCGGAGAUUUUGGGUUUGCUCUGAGGAGAGCUAAUGCCCCUGGAAGCGGGAAAACUGUUCACUUUGUGGAACCCGUUGGCCCAAAUAGCACACCGGGUUUGCUUCCAGGAGAUCGACUUGUGGAAGUCAAUGGAGUAAACGUUGAAAAUGAACCGAGAGAAAAGAUUAUCGAGAUGAUUGUUAUGUCGGGAGAAGAGGUAGUUAUUAAAGUUAUUCCCGUGCCGGAACUUUCAGAAUUGAGCGUGAGAAGUGGUUUGGAUGGAUCGACUGUUCAACUUGACGAGUCGAAUCUCAAGGCCGGGACUUUGGCUCGAAGUGGAAGCAAAAGAAUUAAAAAGAAGCCCAAAUCUGAGGAGGAGGUGAACUCACAAAAAGCUUGGUUAGAUGCUGAGAAAGUGUGGGUUGUUCACAAGGCAGGAUUUUCUGGAGGAAGAGUACAGAAGAUUAAGGAGGACAGACAAGAAGAUGAAACUCCUAUGUGUAAAGUGAAGUUGGAUCAUGGUGGUGAAAUUAUUACUAUUGAAGAGGACAGUGUUGAAAAGGCGAAUCCCCCUCAGUAUGACAGAGCAGAAGAUCUUGCCUCCCUGCGUUACCUAAAUGAAUCAAGCUGCCUGCACACCCUACGGCAACGGUUUGGCAGUAACCUUAUUCACACCUAUGCUGGACCCAACUUGAUAGUUGUCAACCCACAGGAGGAGUUGGCUAUUUAUACUGACAAGGUGAUACAGAUGUUCCGUGGCUGUAAACAGGAAGACAUGCCACCCCACAUUUUUGCUGCUGCGCAGUCAGCGUACAGAAACAUGUUGGCAACCAGAAUGGAUCAGUCAAUUGUACUAAUGGGACACAGUGGAUCGGGGAAGACUGUCAAUGCCAAGCAUAUCAUGCAUUAUUUAGCAGCUGCUGCCAGUUCUCCUCACUCAGCACUUACGGUUCAAAAGCUUGAAGCUAUCUAUGCUCUACUGGAGGCCUUUGGCAAUGUGACAACCCCAUUAAAUCACAAUGCAACAAGAUUCACUUUGUUGUUCAACAUGGAUUUUGACACAGCAGGUCUCCUGACGAGUGCUUCAGUUCAGACAUUUCUCAUGGAGAAGUCUAAAGUUGUCAGGCAAUCAGAGGAGGAGAGCACUUUUAAAAUCUUCCACUAUUUGCUGUCAGGAUGUGACCCAAAGCUGAGAAAGGAACUACAGCUGGAAGCAAAAACAAGUGAAACAAAUGAGUUCAUGCAAACAUUUGAUCCCAAGUCAUCAGAUGAUCAGAUGCUCUCUGAUAAGUGGACAGAGAUUGAGUUUGCUCUGCAGAUGCUGGGUUUCUCUGAAGAAGAAGCAAAAGGAAUCUGGGCUAUCUUGGCUGCAAUCUGCCAUCUGGGAUGUGCUGGGGUUGCAGUUGGUGCUGACAACAAGCCCCACUUUGACAACCCUGCAGCAGUACAGAGAGCUGCGACUGUUCUUGGUACAACCCAGGAAGACAUAACCGAGAUCAUCUUUGCACCUCCGGUUGUCAAUCAGUUCACCAUACGAGUGCGCCGCCAAAGCCAGUCUAGAAAUGAACUGAGUCCGUCCAGUUCUGCUGACAAUACCCCCGAGAGGCAAGCGAAAGCUAAAGCGGUUCAUUACAUUGAAGCGUUGGAAGGGUUUGCAAUGGGACUCUACCAGGAAGCGUUCGCUGCCUUGGUUAGAUUCAUCAACAGAUCUCUUCAAUGUAACGUUCGAACUGUGACAUCAAUGCACGUGCUGGACCCACCAGGCUUCCAGAACCCAGCAUCAGUCGGCAAAACUGAGGGUGCACUGUUUGACGACCUGUGCCAUAACUACGAGUAUGAAAGGCUUCAAAAGUUCUUCCACGACACAGUGUUCAGUACUCAAAUGGAAAGAUACUCACAGGAAAACAUAGAUUGUAGUUAUGAAAGCGUGGCAAGCUCCCCUGAUCCUGUGGUGUCCGUCUUUGAUAGAGCUGCUCAAGGCGUGACUCGAGGCUCUACCUUGGACCUGAAAAGUGAACAGAAGGGCUUGUUGUGGAUCUUAGACGAAGAAUCAAUCUUCCCGGGAGCAAAUGACAGCAGUUUUUUGGCGCGGCUCUAUGUGCAUCAUUGCAAUGACAAAGACACGUGGGUCAAACAGGGAUCUCUCAAGGACACAUUCUACAUCAACCACUGCCAGGGUAACUUACCUGUACUCUACAAUGCUCGGGGUUGGCUGAAAGUCGCCAGGGAACAUGCUGCCGUCAAGCAGGCCCAUCCAAUCCUGGCCGAGUCCUCAAAAUCCUACUUGAAUGAGAUGUUCUCGCGACACCGUUCUGCUGCAGAGGGAGUGACUCGAUCCCGGAGCCUGAAGAAGACGCUGAACACACCAACAGCGAUUAAAAAGAACUCGCACUGUUUGCAGCUCAUUUACCAAGUGGACACCCUCCUAGACGCCAUACGAAAGACCAAAGUCAAUUUUGUACGUUGCAUUCUUCCAGUGGAAAUCGCAGGCCAGACUGACAGUGUUGAUGGAGAGGCCGUGAGUAGCAAUAACAAAGAAACUUCCUCACUGUAUGUACCGCUGGUCAGAAACCAGCUCAGGUCGGCGGAAAUGUUAGAUGCUGUCAGGAUACACAGACAAGGUUUUCCAGAGCAUAUGCCAUUUGGAGAGUUUAGGCGCCGUUUUGACAUCCUUGCUGCAAGUCAGCAUAGAAAUACAGGACCCGUUUUGGAUGAAAAAAAGGCCGUAGAAACACUGCUGGAUCACCUAGAACUGGAUAAAAGAAGCUAUAGGCUGGGACUAAGUCAGAUCUUCUUCCGUGCCGGCACUCUUGCUCAAUUAGAAGACGCUCGAGACGAGAAGACCACCGACACCAUAGUUGAACUGCAGGCUUUCUGUCGUGGAUUCUUAGCGAGAAAGAACUUUAGUAAACUACAGGUACAGUGUACAGCUAUCCGUUGUAUUCAGAAGAAUAUUAGACUUUUCUUGGCAGUCAAUAACUGGCCUUGGUGGAGGUUAUAUACAAAGGUGCUUCCAUUGUUAAAUGUCCAUCGAACCGAAGAGGAACUAAAGAGCAAAUCGGGCGAAGUUGACAUUUUAAAAUCAAAAUUAGCAAAACUUGAAAGGGAAAAGAAGGAAGUAGAAGAAGUUAACGAGAAGCUACAACAAAAGGUAACUGAACUAUCCGCUUCUUUGUCCGAGGAAAGAGAAACCGCCAGCCAUGCCAGUGAAAUACUCGAAGGCGAAACAAUGGAGAGGAUGAGACUAGAACGUCAAAUGCAGGAACUACAGGAGUCCUUGGAGGACGUUAAAAAGAGGAAAGACAAACUGGAGGUGGAACUUCUUGAAGCAAGGGCUUUGAGUGUCACCGCCACAAGGAGUGUGGAGAGACUGGAGAGGUACGAAGGUGAAGGAGCUUCUGAAGACGAAGAGGAAGAAUCGUUUUAUCGCGAGAGGUACAUCCAGGCCUCCAAGGAACAUGAACAACUAAGAAAAAAAUUACAAAGUCAGGCCGAGCAAGAGAUAGAACAGCUAACAAAUCAGAAGCGAUUACUGGAAAGGAAGCUGACAGAGGAGAAAGCUGAAAAUGAAGAAAUACAACGCCAAUCAAUGAAUUUGAAGAAAAAGACAUCUCGAGUCCAGUCAGAAAUGGAAGAUUUGAAACUUCUGCUAGAAGAAGAACAAACUAGAAAUGCCGAAUUGGAGAAGAAGCAACGAAGGUUCGACACGGAGAGUCAGCGUUUUAAAGAAGAGCUGAACCACGAAAGAACGUUAAAAGAGAAAAUCAGUCGAGAAAAGGAUAAGGCCGCUACAGAAAAAUUCCAAUUAGAACAUGAAUUGGUGGAACUUCGCGAAGAACUGGAGAAGGCUAAAAAAGAGCUGACGCAGAUUGAGGGCGAUAUGGAUGAUAUCACAAAACAAAAGGGAGGAGACGCUGUCGCAUUGAAGAAAACCAUCAGAGAACUGGAGGAGAAAGUUCAGGAUCAAGAAGAGGAACUUGACGAUCAGGCUGGAAAGAUCCAAAUGCUUGAACAGGCUAAACUUCGUUUGGAGAUGGCUGCAGAACAUGACAAGCAUAUGGUACACAAGGAUUUAGAAGCAAAAGAUGAAGAAAUGGAACAGCUUAGAUUUAACAUGCAGAAAAAAGUCAAGCAACUCGAGGAUCAACUAGAAGAUGAACAUCAAGAAAAAACGGCCGCUGUUAAGGCCAAACGAGAAGCUGAUAGGCGCCUUGAAGAACUCCGAGAUCGCUACGAACAAGGCGAUGCGGAAACAGGGAGAAAACUGAGACGAGAACUGAAGAAGACGAAAGCUCUUUUGCGUGACGCUCAACAAGUGAUUGAUUCUCAGCUGGAAGACGCGGAAUUUGCUGCUCAGUCCGCACAGAAAAGCAAAAAGAAACUGGAAGAGGACGUGGUUGACCUGCAGAACCAACUGGAACUCUUGAGCAAGUCCAAGAAAGAGCUCGAGACGAAGUAUAUGUCGACGCUUAAAGAAAACACUGAAUUGCAAAGCAGGGUGGAGGAAGACGAAGACGACAUCGAUUCACUUGCGGAGAAAAACAGACAACUUGGAAAACAGCUGGCAGAGGCACAGCAGAUGCUUCGUGAGCGGGAGGCUACCAUUCAAGAUAUUACAACUCAAAAGGAAAACUUGGAAAGCAAGGUUGAUCACAUGUCGAACCGUCUUUCGUACUUGGAAGAGUGUACAGUUGAAAAACAUCAGUUUGAUCAAAUGGAAAGCAAGAGAAGAGAACUUGCAACGCAGUUGGAUUUAGAGGGAUCGUUCAAAAAGCGACAAGAGGUUCAAGUCAGUCGGCUGAAGGAGCAAGUUCAAAAGCUAAAUGACGAAAGGGAAGAUUUACAGCUCAGAGAAAACAAACUCACCCAGGAGAACUCCAGAUUGGAUCGACAAAUGCGUGAGUUAAAGGAGGAGAUGAAUUCCCUGUCCAGACAAGAAGAGGAACAUAAGAAAAGGAAACUUGAUGCUGAGCGAGAGGUUGAAAAUUUGGAGGGUGUUGUAACAGGCUUAAAGCAAGAAUUAGGAAUGGCAAAGAAACGCGUUAGUGAAUUGCAGCACGCUUUGGAAGAUGACAUGCAUUACGACUCGGAAGGAAUGUCGAACGAUGAUGAUUACGAUGAUGAAGACGACGACGACCUCGGUAUGAGUGAUGAAUCCGACGAGUUUAAAGACACUGGGUCGCGACGGUCAGAGCCGAGGUCAUAUCGGUCGUUCGACGAGCUUGACGACGAAUAUGACAUCACUGACCGGCUGAAACGAAAAUUGGACGAUCUUAGGGACGAUUUGCCAUCUUCGCCAAGAGGGUCACGACCUGCUGCUGAUUCUGUGGAUUCCGACGUGUUCGAGAGCACUCGGAAAUCCGAUAACGUCAGUGACACGCGAAAAAGCGGUCGUAAGGAAAGUGGGGAGGAUCGCCAUCAUCGGCGAUCACGAUCGGGUACCGACGAACAUGAUACGAGUGUCGAUAAGAAAAGAAGGAAAAGUGACGAUAAAAGAAGAAAAAGCCUUGAAAAGAAGAGAAGUUUUGAGAAAAAAUCCAAUCCCACGGAUAAUUCCACGCAUUAACGAUAGGACAAUAUAGAUGACUGUGGUGCGUGAUUUAUGUUGUGAACACGAUUUCACGGCUUUUUGGAACAGAGUUUGGUGCUGAAUUGUGUUAAAGGCGAUGGAACCGUGGAGAUUGGUGUCACUUAUCAGAAAAUAGGGGCAGUCUAGCCAAAACAGGACAUUGAACUCGGUUGAUACAUGUUCAGAAAUGGCUUAAAGACUCAAAACUAUAUAAGGAUCACGGGAUAAACAGAGUCAGAUGGUUCGGUUUUUUUUAAAAAAAUGCUCAAGGAUGAAUGGCCGGUUUUAAAUGUGGUUCUCCUAUGAGAAACUACAUCCAAAAAUGAAAUUGCAGAAUUAACGUUUCUCGACAGCCUACUCUAAAUAAUUGAGUUUCGUUCCAUACUAACAUUGUUAUCUGUGUCUCACAAAUGUGUACAUUUUGUGUUGGCUAUUUCAUUUCUGUUCUGGCUCUAGGAUAACAAUUUGAGGUUCGUUUGUUAAUAAUUGAAGGUGCAAUGAUAUCAAGGUUUUAUUGGAAAGUUUGUAUGCCACAGAUUUAAAUACUUUGGUUCCAUCUCGGUCUCUCUUGCGAACAAUUUUGAUCAGUGUCAACUUUUCAGGCCCAAAAUGCGUGCCCUUAUUUACCAUUUAUUUAAUCGCUCCCACUUUAUUGUUUUUCUAAAUUAUGAAAGUAUCCGUGUUAACACGCCUCGUGGCAAGUUUUCAGGACCACUUGUUACUGAGGUCACAGAAAGGAAAUUAAUCAAUCACGUCAUGGGAAACGAGAGGUUAUAACUAGGAACUGUAGAGCUUAGAACCAAAGCAAGAAAAUGUGGUUAAAAGAUUUGAUAGGAUUGAUGGCUUGUGUUCUGAUUCGCACGAUAAAACUUACUUUCAUUUCAUUAGCGCGUUAGAAAUGAAUGACCUAUGGUUAAUGUCAUAUCUAGUGCGCGCAAAUGAACAAACAAGUCCUACAACAUGGAAACCCACGAGAUGAGUUCCAGGAAGAAAAUUUUCCGAUAUCAUGAUUCAAAGGAGAAACGUACGAACAACUGACGGUCCAGGUAUUUCUUUUUUUAGUUGGGACGGUACUUUGUGCAUCACUGGUCGUGUCAACUUGAACUGAAGCCAAUCUCAAGUUCGAUCAAUUAUACUGCAUGUAGGUUUUUAAAAUGUAAGGUUGCUCUCGUUGGAAAAGAUAAUUAGGAUGGUUGUAAAGGACAGAAGAAUUAUGUUGCGCGAACCUUUUCGUGUACAGUUCUAUAUAUCACUUGAAUAUAUUUUAUAUUUGGACUGAGUGAAAAGAUUUAAUUGUGGUAGAGUAGUUAUUUUUGUAAGGCUUCCUGCGUCUUAACGUAGGCUGUAAAUUAGGGAUUUGAUGGGUGUACAUAAAGAUAUUGGCCUAAACGUC